AUGUCCUCGGAGGCGGGGGACGAGUGGUCCCUGCUGCUGUGGACGUCUCUGGCGGUGGUGGUCCCUGUCAUCAUCACGCUGUGGUGCAGCGUGCAGCGCGCAAAGAGGAAGAUGCACAUGAGGGAGUUCUUCCGUAAGAGCAAACACGGCUGGCACUACAUGGACCUGUUCACCAAGCCCACGUACUGCUGCGUGUGCGAGCAGCACGUCCUCCAGGGCGCCUUCUGUCAGUGCUGUGGCGUGUGCGCAGAUGACGACUGUCUGAGGCCGGCGGACCGCCGCCUCCGCUGCAAAGACAUCAUGGCCCCGGCCAGGGCAGACGGGGCCAUGGACCACCGCUGGGUCCGAGGAAACGUGCCUCUGGCCAGUUACUGCAGCGUGUGUCAACAACAGUGUGGCUCUCAGCCCAAACUCUGCGACUUCAGGUGUGUGUGGUGCCAGAAGACGGUCCAUGACGACUGUCUGAGUGAGGUCCCAGACCAGUGUGACUUGGGGGAGUUCCGCAGCCUCAUAAUCCCUCCUCACUACCUCAAUCACGUCAACAAACUCAGGCGCAGGCAUCCAGACGAGUACAGUAAGUUGGCUGAGUCGUGUGGGAGCAACUGGACCCCGGUGUUGGUGUUGGCGAACACACGCAGUGGUAAUAACAUGGGAGAGGUGCUGCUCGGGGAGUUUCGAAGUGUCCUCAACCCAGUGCAGGUGUUUGACCUGUCGCAGCUGAACCCCUCCAAAGCGCUGCAGCUCUGCACCCUGCUCCCGCCGGGCAGCGUGCGGGUGCUGGUGUGCGGAGGCGAUGGCACCGUGGGCUGGGUGCUGGACGCUAUAGACACCAUGAAGCUCAAGGGCCAGGACCAAUUUAUCCCCCGAGUGACCAUCCUGCCGCUGGGCACCGGAAACGACCUGUCCAACACUUUGGGCUGGGGAGCGGGCUACGCCGGAGAGAUCCCUGUGGAGCAAGUUCUGCGCAAUGUGGUGGACGCAGAAGUGGUCAGAAUGGACAGAUGGAAAGUGCAGGUCGCAUCAAAAGGUGCAUAUUUUCGUAAACCAAAGGUUCUGUCCAUGAAUAACUACUUCUCCGUCGGACCGGACGCACUGAUGGCCCUGAGCUUCCACACUCACCGAGAGAAAACCCCCUCGUUUUUCUCCAGUCGGAUCAUCAACAAGGCUGUGUAUUUCCUGUAUGGCACCAAAGAUUGUUUAGUCCAAGAAUGCAAGGAUCUGGAUAAGAGGAUUGAGCUGGAGUUGGAUGGAGAGCGGAUCGCCCUGCCCAGUCUGGAGGGCAUCAUCGUGUGCAACAUUGGGUACUGGGGCGGAGGCUGCAGACUGUGGGAGGGGAUGGGAAACGACCCGUGUCCACCCACCAGACUGGACGACGGUCUCCUGGAGGUGGUGGGGGUGUAUGGCUCUUUCCACUGCGCUCAGAUCCAGGUGAAACUGGCCAAUCCUGUGAGGCUGGGACAAGCGCACACUGUCCGGCUGGUGCUGAAGAGCUCCAAGAUGCCCAUGCAGGUGGACGGGGAGCCGUGGGCACAGGGGCCCUGCACCAUCACCAUCACCCACAAGACCCAGGCCCUCAUGCUCUACCACAGCGCCGAGCAGACGGACGAUGACAGCAGCGGCUCCGAGACCGAGAGCAACACUCCACACGACUCCCCCAGACCCCCGGGCUCCAGCUCCACCCGGGCCUGA